AUGAGGUUUAUAUUCACUGUUUAUGUAGAGCUGAUGCCACAUUUAUACUGCUCAGUAUUGCUCAUACUUAUUUUGCUAUCAUCUCUGUACCCUCUGCUCCUCAUAAAACGAAAGAAACCAAUAUCCCACAAUGUCGACCCCGAAACAUACCGUCGCAUAAUAGAGGGGAAAGGGUUGGAUCAGAAAAUGCAUAAUCAGCUCAACGCACGUCAAUCUAGAGCCAUUCCAAACCAGCGAUUGCAUGUUGUAUUCGGAAUCGAAAACGCCUUAACCACCGAUAAUGAAACCCAGGCGAAAUGCUUCAUCAGACGAGCUAAAAGCUUGAUUAACCUGUCCCCUAUAGCCUGGGAGUCCUUGUCAGGCUUUGUGCAUAGUGCGGCACGGCGUAGUAUUGACGACGCAAUUGCAGACAGUCCUGACAACGCACGUAUCAUGUUAACAAGCCUGGUACAAGUAUUGGUCUUGCGGGUGGUAUUACGCGUGCUAUUCCCUAUGGAAACCGAGGCCCUUGAGAUACCGGACUACCAUCUACUCUGUCUUGCGGAAGCUAUUAACGAUACAUGGGUUUCGUCCAAAAGCAAGACAGAUCACGUAUGUUUUCAAGACAACAUUCCUCUUCAAGAAUCCCUUGGUAUCGUGUUCCGGAAUUUGAACUGUCUAGAUCCCAAAGAGAACCCGUUGAAUCUGGUCAUCCCAGGCUUCGAGACCAUGUGGCGCAUUGUUCUGCGCUUUUUCAUAGAGGUACGCUACACCUCAGGGCUACACCACCCGGAAUGGCGCGAGACACUAGCUACCUUCGCGCACACACCCACCAAGGAUGAGUUCGAGCGACCAAAAGGCGAGCAAAACCUCUCCGCAGAGAUGUUGGUCAACGAGGCACUGCGUCUCUAUCCUCCUACGAAACGAGUGCAUCGAGGAUUCCUCCCUGUGGGGUCAGAUACGGUUGAGGUCUUGAAUGCGGACAUUGAGAUGGUGCAGAGUGCGACACAUAUCUGGGGCUCCAAUGCGGAACUGUUUGAUCCACGACGUUGGAGAGCCUUGACAUCACAGCAGAGACUCGCGUUCUUUCCGUUCGGUAGUAGGCCGUUUGUUUGUCCAGCGCAGGCUAUGUUUGGGCCAAGAGCUAUUGCUAUGAUUGUGGGUGUGCUGUUGAUAGAACUGGGCGGAGAGUGGUCGCUUUUUCUGGAUGCUGAUUGUGCGGAAGGCUUGGGUCUAGGGGUAAAGUUGAGCAACGAAAGAACGGAGUAUCGCAAUCUGUGUCUCGCUCGGGACUAA